AUAAUGGGCAUGGACGAUAAACUGCAUCAAAAAAUGUUCGAUGACAAUUUGGCGCUUAUCGAUACGCCACUUAUAGCAACCGAUACAAGCACACACUAUCCAGCCAUUGUUUCGACUUCUCUCAAUACCAUGCACGGCGUUUUAACCUAUCCAUUUAAUGUAAGCGAGUUUCAUCAUCGGCAUAUGGCAGCAGCCGCAGCAGCCGGAAAUGAACCGCCAUACGAUGUAAUCGAUACAGCAAUUGGUUAUGGCGGCAUCAAUGGCAAUAGCAACGGAAACGGAAAUGGCGAUGUUUAUUAUCAAAGUGGUCAGGAUGUCGAAGUGGACCUCUCAACGGAAAUAAUCAAGCAAAUCUUUCAGAGUACCUGUCAUACAGCAUUGGACACAUGUCGGGAAGAUCCGUCCUGUUCAUCAUCCCUGCAACCAAUGCUCAUGCAUUGCGGAAUACACCGUUGCAAUCGUAACGCAUGCAUGACUUCAUUGCAGGCCUUCUAUAAAGGCCCCCAUGAGGAUUUGAAUUUAGAUAUUGCCUUUUGUCUAUGCAAAAAAACAACGAAUCGUCACGAUAUGUGCAUGAUUGCACAAGAGCAAUUACAUCCUGUAUGCGCGCAAAGGCCGCCCGAUAGUAAUAAUCAACUCAAUCCAAAUGGUAUACAUUUUCAUCCAGCGCCAGCAUGCCAUAUUGUAGCUGAAAACUGUAAGGAGGAUCGAGAAUGCAGCUUCACGUCAGGAACAACAGCAUCAGCAUCAACAUCAGCAUCAACUGUACGUGUGAGAGCAACAGCAACAGCAAUGGCAACAAUAACCGAAUUACCAGCAAAAUAG